AUGGCCAAGUGCCCCAAGAAGGUCGGCAGCAUUGGUAAGUACGGGACCCGCUAUGGGGCCUCCCUCCAGAAAAUGGUGAAGAAAAUUGAAAUCAGCCAGCAUGCCAAGUACACUUGCUCCUUCUGUGGCAAAACCAAGAUGAAACGACGGGCUGUGGGCAUGUGGCAUUGCGGUUCCUGCAUGAAAACGGUGGCUGGUGGGGCCUGGACCUGCAACACGACUUCUGCUGUCACGGUCAAGUCUGCUGUCAGAAGACUGAAGGACCUGAAGGACCAGCAGAAGCCCUCUGAAAUUAACCCCUUCCUCCCAGAUGGUGUUUCUGAUCAAGAUGUUUUAUCGCAGCAACCAGAAGAUAAUGGCUACUGA